AUGUCACAACAGAGCCUGAGCCCGAGCGUGUCUUCUAACAACCUCAAUUCUUUCCUUGAGGCCAGACAAACUCUAGACAGGAAACUUGCCGGAUACAAACCACUUGGUCCCGAUGACAGUAAUACGGAUUUCUUGCAAGUUUUUUUCAAAUACCUAGGACCAGACGGGCAAGCCAACCUAGCAGAGGACGUGCAUCAGUGUGUUGACGAUGAUGGAAUACGGCAGCUAGUCAGGAGUCUUGACACCGGCUUAUUACGUCCUAUGCGAGCUAAUGGUGGAAUCACAUCCCCAUUUAUAUCGCCUCGGUUCGGUGUCGAAGAUUCCAUUGAAAAUUUGCUCGCUGACGAUACCCACUCCCUCAACAGAGAACAACAAAGACUACGCAACCACUGUCUAGCAAGGGACGGACAGAGAUGUGUUAUAACGAAUGCCUGGAACUCAGGUUACACCCAACGCCCCAAUCCCUCAGUCCACGCCCCUCUGGUGGCUGCUCAUAUCAUUCCAUUUGCCUUGGGCCAAUUCCAGGAAAAUGCUCCAGAUGAUCGAUAUCGGCAUGCUUCAAUUUGGACAAACCUGAACCGAUACUUCCCGGAGCUCCGCUCACGUCUCCAUUUCUCUUCAGAAGACAUUAACGAAGAACAGAAUGUUAUGAUGAUGGUCGGAGCAUUUCACGACGAGUUUGGGUCUUUCCACUUCGUUCUCGAAGCGACCGAAACCCCGAAUCGAUAUCGCCUAAAGGAAUUUUCAAACUUUGCCAGUCUCUUUUUACCCCUCCUCCCUCAGAAUAGGAUUGUCAUCUUAAACAGCCAUGAUGGGCGAUAUCCUCCUCCCAACCCAAUUCUUCUUGCCGUCCAUGCAGCCGUCGGGAACAUCUUGAACCUAACCGCCCACGGAGAAAAGAUUGAAGAAUUGAAACAAGAACUAGGAGAUAUGGGUGGGGGGCUUGCCAGAGAUGGGAGUACAAGGAUUGGGGAUCUUCUCUCGGUGAGCAAACUCUCACUGCUGUCGACUGUUACGAACAAUCGACCCGAAAAAAAGAAGCAGCGACGCCUUCCGCCCAUUUUCACAGGCGCAGAAAACGAAAGUCCGAAUGUUACGAGAUGA